UCGAAAGUUGUGUAUGUAAUUAAAUUCAUAGUGAUUCAUGCAUGAGAUAUUUUUCCCAUCUUCGUCCAUGCACCAUCACUACUCACCCAACAAUGCUCACUUCAACCCUUCCCUCAAACCCCAACUUCUCUCACAGACCCAUCUCCCUCAAAGACGCUUUUCAAUCUCUAACCCAUUUUUUUACCGACCCAUUAUCCCCAAAAUCUCGCUUCCCUCUUCAACAAGCUUAUUCUCAAGCUCUUGACCUAUGCGCUUCCCACAAAGCUCUUCCUCAAGGCCAACAGUUACAUGCCCAUUUUAUCAAAGCUCAACACUCUCUUGAUUAUGUCUUCCUUGACACCAAGUUUGUCCACAUGUAUGGGAAAUGUGGCUCCUAUCUCGACGCACAGAAACUGUUCGACAAAAUGACUGAACGAACUAUUUUCACUUGGAACGCAAUGAUAGGUGCGUCGGUGUCAACAGCUAGAUAUCACGAGGCGAUUGAAUUGUAUAAAGAGAUGCGAAUUCAUGGAGUGUCGCUUGAUGCUUUUACUUUUCCUUGUGUUCUUAAAGCGUGUGGCGCUCUUAGUGAAAGGCGUUUGGGGCAUGAAAUACAUGGUGUUGCUGUUAAGUGUGGAUAUGGUGCUUUUGUUUUUGUGUGUAAUGCGCUUAUUGCGUUGUAUGCAAAAUGUGGUGAUCUUGGUGGGGCUAGGAUGUUGUUUGAUAGUGUUUUGAUGGAGAAAGAGGAUCCUGUAUCGUGGAAUUCUAUUAUUUCUGCACAUGUUGCUGAGGGUCAGUGCUUUGAGGCACUGUCAUUGUUUAGAAGCAUGCAGGAGGUUGGUGUUGAGAGGAAUACUUACACUUUCGUUUCGGCUCUUCAAGCUUGUGAAGAUCCAACCUUUAUUAAUACGGGUAGGGAGAUACAUGCUGUCAUUUUGAAAUCUAACCAUUUUACUGAUGUGUACGUUUCCAAUGCUUUGAUUGCUAUGUAUUCAAAAUGCGGUCAAUUGGAGGAUGCCGAAAGAGUUUUUAAAACUAUGCUUUGCAAGGAUUGUGUUUCGUGGAAUACAUUGCUUUCAGGUAUGGUCCAAAAUGGUUUGUAUAGUGAUGCAAUAAACCACUUCCGGGAUAUGCAGGAUUCUGGUCAAAAGCCUGAUCAGGUGUCCGUGCUAAACAUGAUGGCAGCAUUGGGAAGAUUGGGGAAUUUGUUGACUGGCAUGGAACUCCAUGCUUAUGCAAUAAGAAAUGGAAUUGAUUCUAAUAUGCAUAUCGGGAAUACACUGAUAGAUAUGUAUGGGAAGUGUUGUUGUGUAAAAUAUAUGGGAGACACUUUUGAGCAUAUGCCCGAGAAGGACUUGAUUUCUUGGACUACAGUUAUUGCUGGUUAUGCACAAAAUGAAUGCCAUCUAGAAGCCUUAAAUUUGUUGAGGAGGGUCCAGUUAGAAAGGAUGGAUGUUGAUCCUAUGAUGAUUGGAAGCAUUUUGCUAGCUUGUAGUGGGUUGAAAUCUGAAAAGCUCGUGAAAGAAGUUCAUGGUUUCGUUUUAAAAAGAGGUUUAGCUGAUAUUUUGAUACAAAAUGCCAUUGUCAAUGUAUACGGAGAAGUCGCGCUCAUAGAUUAUGCCAGACACGUGUUUGAAUCAAUUAACUCCAAAGAUAUUGUGUCUUGGACGAGUAUGAUUACUUGUUGUGUUCAUAAUGGACUUGCAAUUGAGGCUCUUGAACUUUUCUACUCUUUGAAAAAAACUAAUAUUGAACCUGAUUCGAUAACUCUUGUCAGUGUACUCUCGGCAGCGGCGGCUUUAUCUUUGUUGAAGAAAGGGAAGGAGAUUCAUGGGUUUCUGUUAAGGAAGGGUUUCUUCCUGGAGGGACCAAUUGCUAACUCUUUAGUGGACAUGUAUGCUCGCUGUGGAACCGUGGAAAACGCAAGAAAUAUAUUCAACUAUGCAAAACAAAAAGAUCUAAUUUUGUGGACUUCUAUGAUUAAUGCAAAUGGAAUGCAUGGAUGUGGCAUGGAGGCCAUCGAUUUACUCAACAAAAUGACUGAUGAUAAUGUUCUUCCUGAUCAUAUAACCUUCUUGGCUUUAUUAUAUGCGUGCAGCCAUUCAGGGUUAGUAGUUGAAGGCAAGAGGCUUUUUGAAAUUAUGAAAUAUGAAUAUCAAUUGGAACCCUGGCCAGAGCAUUACGCUUGCCUCGUCGAUCUCCUUGCUCGAUCCAAUUCUCUUGAAGAGGCUCACCAUUUUGUGAGAAACAUGCCGAUUGAACCUUCUGCUGAAGUCUGGUGUGCUCUUCUUGGCGCUUGCCACAUUCAUUCAAAUAAAGAAUUAGGAGAGGUUGCUGCAAAGAAGCUCUUACAAUUAAAUACAAAAAAUUCAGGAAAUUAUAUAUUGGUAUCGAACACCUUUGCGGCAGAUGGAAGAUGGAAUGAUGUGGAAGAAGUGAGAUUGAGAAUGAAGGGAAAUGGAUUGAAAAAGAAACCAGGAUGCAGUUGGAUUGAGGUUGAGAAUAAGAUUCACACCUUCAUGGCAAGGGACAAGUCUCAUCCACAGUGUGAUGACAUUUAUCUAAAAUUAGCACAGCUUACAAAGCUUUUGAAAAGAAAAGGUGGCUAUAGGGCUCAAACUAAGUUUGUAUUCCACAAUGUUUCUGAAGAAGAGAAAACACAGAUUCUAUAUGGACAUAGUGAAAGGUUGGCACUUUGUUAUGGUCUGCUUGUUACCCCGAAAAGUACUUCUCUUCGGAUCACUAAGAACCUUCGAAUUUGUGAUGAUUGCCAUACAUUCUUUAAGCUUGCGUCUGAAGUCUCCCAACGGACCCUUGUUGUAAGGGAUGCCAACAGGUUCCAUCAUUUUGAAAAAGGGCUAUGUUCUUGUGGAGAUUUCUGGUGACCACUUUGGUUAUUAUGUGUAGAUAGAAUAGAUCCCCUCUUAACUACGAAACUCGAAAAGAUCUGUCUCGAUGAUCAAGAGGAGGUUCCUCUUUGUGAAGAAGUGAAACCAUCACCUCAUAGCAGUGAUGACAUUGUGGGUCCAGUUAUUCCUUUCCCUGUUUUACUUAUGGUUAAUGAAGUUCGCUACGGGUACUCCAAUUUGCGAAGUGAUGAAUUUUCAGUAGAAGCGGAGCUUGGUCUCAAAUACAAAGAAGUUAUGCAGGUGGCAGUCUCCCUUGCUGGCUCUAAUCCCCCCGAUGACCAUGCAGUCUCCCUUGCAACGACGAAGAGGAACCUUGUGCUGGUUCUUCGAAACCAAAAUCUUUUUCAUCUUAUCGUCCAGUUGCUUUGAAUAACUUUGACGCAGACAAUGUACAGGAGGAACACCGUUUAUACUGAUACAAUUUACGAUACAUUUGUUUUUCAUGUUUCGGAGAAUUCCUGUGAGCAGAAGACCGACAAAUCUGUUGGAGAAGAGAUGUUUGACGAUCUUUGCCCCGUCGAGUUGAGGUUUGAUGCUCCUGAGAAGAAGUUUGAACAUAAUAGUUUAAAGGCAUACUAUGCAUUGAAAAGAAAGAUGUCUAUGUGGCAAAAAAGUUUUGAUUUGUAUAAGGAAUUUUGUAUUCAAUCUGGAUUUGAAAAAGUUGUUAGUUAGUGAUCCUUCCUCAGUUGUGUGAUAGCAAAUGAAUUUUGUCCCCCCGCACUUUUGGUUGGUACUUUGUGGAGGCAAAUUGUGUCUCCUUAAAUGGUUAGCUCCAAGGUGUAAUAUUUAUAUGAAAAAGGAUAUGAUCUAGUUAGUCCUAGGACCUGACUAUGACAUUUUUUUAUAGAUAAGAAAUAUGAUUGACUUUUAUGAUGAAAGAUAUUAAUUUCAAUCAUUAAUUUUCAUAUA